GGGAAGACGAGAGUCCGCAAAUAUGAAAGCAAACCUUUAAAAUACGAAGCCGAUAGCACUGAUGAACUGUAAUAUUGUGUUGCUCAGUCAAUUUUAAGUUCUGUGUGAGAAUACUUGAAACAUAACCGUGGCAUCACUGUGGCUAAUGAUCUAACAAUAAAGUCUCAUGUGCGUCACAAUGCCCUGAUCCGCCCAUGAGGCAUUUCAUGAUUUCAAAUUUAAUAAUAAUAUAAUAGACCUAAAUUACUUGAGAUUCGGUAAAUAAGUGGGUUGAGGGGUAACGUAUGGUCCGCCGAUCAGUAUCAGAUAAUACUUUCCAACAAGACGAACCUUGCUAUAAGAAUGAGUACUAUCAAUGUCAAACAUAAGUGACGGUCACUUCUCUAAAUUAACGCUGAUUGCGAUCUGGGCAGGUUUCCUGCCUAUCUAUUUGGUUCAGCAGAUGCGCGUUUACCCGAAACGCGGGUUUGACCCUAAGUAGUUGCCGUAGAAAAAUGAGUGAAACUUUUUGAACGGGAAACAUGUACACUUGAUAGCUUGGUAGCGGAGACCGUCACCCUUUUAUGUGCUCGUUGUACACACAUGUGUCAAUAAAUUGAAUGAAUAUCUCGGAAAAAUGGAUGAAGGUUUAGAAAUGUCUGCCAUGAUUCCUGCCUUGCAGGAAUUAACAAGUGCCAGCUCCACGGAGUACGAUCAAAUCGUGCAGAAACCACGUAAAAUACUUUGCCAGUUUAUUGAGAGGAUACUAAGGGACGUUGAUGUUGUUGCUCUGGAAUUGUGCAAGACCACCAGCUCACAGCCAGCUUGCGUGAUGCUCCUAGACUUUGUCCAGCACUUAAUAAAGUCGUCACCAAUAAUGUUCAUGAGGCCAUCCAAAGAAUAUGGUGACAUUGAAAAGGGGUGCAUAGAUUUCAGCAAGUGGAUCAUUGGCUGCCUUCUGCAAAUCAUUGCUGCCCCAGGAUGCCAGCCUCUGCAUGAAAAGAUCAACUCCGUCAUCUGCUCUUUGCUGCACAUGCUCAGAGCUAAGGGCCCAGUGAUUUUUGGUGUGUUAGCCACGGGCCUCAUCGGCCUGUUCCAGGAACUGUCAUCUGUUUCCAGAAAACUCGCGACCUACAAUCAAGUGAGCAAGGACUCAAUAAAGUGGCCUGUUGUGAUGAAUCAUUUCAUGGUCAUAUCCUUGCCUGCCAGCGCCUACCUCACCCCCACCUCUCUCCUGCUGUCAUCAUCAGCUGCUCUGGAGGUGUUAGAAGUUGCAGCCAUGAGAAUUCUGACCGACAUCUUACAGGGGAUUUACUUCCCUAAGGAAGUGGGAGUGCUCUGGGAAGCUGCUUGUACCGCCUUUGGCUGCGGGAGCCCUAAGGUGAAGGCCGUCGCUUUGACGCUGCUGACCGAUGUGGUGACCUUGGGAGAGUUCCCGGAAGGACACUCUCAGGAUUUCUUCUCUGCCUUUCUCCGUGUCCUGGACGGUCUUGUGGCGUUUGACCAGCCCGGCCUGAAGCUUUUUCAGAAGGAAUUUGAGAGACUGUCCCAGAGAAUCUUUCCCUUAGAGAGAGGUGCGCACCUCAGGUUUGAGCGGGUCCACCUGAAUAUGUUAAUGGGAAGGCUUCACAGACUCGCUGUGAGUGGGGAGCUAGAACACCUUAUGGCAGCGGAGGUAACGACCGUUCUUGGUCACAUCUUCAACUUCAUGCUGACCUGUGUGCCUGAGGGGUAUGAAUCAGCAGAGCCAAUCCGCAGGGAGAGAGUCACGGGCAUCUGUGAGACACUGACCAGAACCAUCGGCACCCAGACACAGCAGAAGAUUGUGGAGGUCUGUCUAUGGGCUGCUCUGAAGACAGAAAGAAGAACCAUUUUACAGAUAACCGAUGGAGCCUUGUUGUCUGACUGUGCUGAACCCAGUGCUGACAUCAGUGAACUAGCCGCUAAAAGACAGCGAUGUUUUCUGCCACCUCCCUCAGGCUGUGUGGCCAAAUCCCAACCAGUUCUGGUUGAGAUGAAGACAAGAAGCCCAGUGUGGGCGGCUUUGGAGCAGAGGCUGGAGGGACUGAUAACUGAGCUGAAGAACUGCACCCAUUCGAAACACACCCUAUUCCUUCUUGAGGGGAUAGCUGUUAUUCUCCGUCUGGCUGGAUUCUGCUCCAAGAUCCCCCUCUCAGACACGGACAGGGGAGCUGGAGUGUGUGACCCUGAGGGAGAACCAGUAACUGAAGAGCACAGUAACACUCUCAGCAACGACGGCAACAAGCUGCUGUGGUUGCAGGACACGACUCUGGUCCAGGUGCUGGAGACCUGCUACAAGCUGCUGGUCAAAGGAGCCGUGGGAGAGGACCUGAAGUCAUGGAUGGAAUGUAUUAUCAGGGUCUUGGAUGCCAUACUCUUCAUUACCAUCAACAGGAGGCCGGACCCCAGUCUCGGUGGUUGUUUCUGUGCCUUGCUGUCCAUCCCUUGGGUGCAGGAGCACUAUACUCUCUCAGUCUACCAGACAGCUGACUUCCCAGCACACACCACUGCACUCUCCCACAAAUUGGCUCCGUGUUUCUCGCCUCAAAUGCAGGCUCACUGUGUGUUCCUGAUGGCACUGCUUCCUAAGAAGGUGUUUCCAGACUGGCGUUCGGCUGUGUAUCGGUGGGCCCUGCACAGUAUGAAUGAGCAGGUGCGGGCGGAGACCGUGAGGGGUUUCCCCAUCCUGUUGCACAACCUUGGGGUCAAGUCCUACUGCCUCAUCCAUGAGGUCUUGCUAAGCAGGUUAGAGGACAGUUCACCCUUUGUGAAAGUCCGGUUGGCUGGUAUCUCAGGACAUCUGGUCUGCUGUUUGGCUGAGAACUCUAGAGUCCAGCUUCUGGAGAAAUCCAUCAUUUCAUCCGAAUAUCUAUGCUCCAACUUUACAUUGGGAGACACUCAUUCUGAUAGAAGUACCACUAUCGGUGCUUCCAUCCUCAAACCCUUCCUUACACUGCUCAAGCCUCAGGAGGAUAGUGCAGUCAAACGAGCUUUCAUCCAGAAUAUUCCCCACCUGUGUGCGCACUUGGACCUGAGCAGCGGUGACCCCGACACCAAAGCCCUGGUAACUGCUUUAGUUGACCUCAUAGAGGACCCGGACUGUGAGGUACGGAUGCUCUUCAGUAAGACUCUCAAGAACAUGCUGGAGUCGUGGAGCGGGGAUGACUUCCUGAAAGAUCUUCUUGCUAGCCGGUUGAAAGAGGCCUACAACAAGGCCAAGAUGGGAAGAGACGAUGACCUGAAAGCCACGCUUAUCUUUGCCACCGGAGAAAUUGGGAGAGCUGCUAAGGGGAGCCUGGUGUCCUUUGCUCUGCUGCACCUCUUGCACUUCCUGCUGUCCAAGACCACACAGGUGUCCAUGGUGGCCUACACUGAGAUCCAGGCCCUGGCCACAUCGAGGGGCUUAAAACUGCAGUCGUUUUUCAACCAGUAUCGGAAACCCGUCUGCCAAUUUUUGGUGGAAUCCAUUCACUCCCGCCACAUGACGGCGCUGCGCUCGACCCCAGACCAGAGCAGCGAGGCUCUCCGUGAAGAAGCGGCUCACCAGAGGGAGGUGGCCUUGGACGUCUUCUUCCACGUGGCCCAAGUCUUUGAUUUCCCUGACCUCAACCGCUUCCUCAACCGCACCCUGCAGGUUCUCCUCCCCUACCUAGCAGCCAAGGCCACCCCCACUGCAUCCGCCCUCAUACGGACCGUUGCCAAGCAGCUCAACAGCAGCCGCAGGGAGGUCCUCAUCAGCAACUUCAAGUACAUCUUUUCUCACCUGGUGUGCUCCUGCACCAAGGAUGAGCUGGAGAAGGCCUUCCACUACCUGCAGAAAGAGACGGAACUGGAACUAGGCAGUCUUCUGCGGCAGGACUUUCAGGGCCUCCACAAUGAGCUGCUCCUCCGGCUGGGAGAUCACUACCAGCAGGUGUUCAACGGGCUGGCCAUCUUAUCCUCCUUCGCCUCCAGUCAUGACCCCUCGCAGAGCCUACGGGACAUCAACACUCCAGAGUGCAUGGCUGACUAUCUGCAGCCUAAGUUUCUGGGGAUCCUCGCUUUCUUCAACAUGCAGCUGCUCAGUUCCAGUGCAGGAGAGAAAGACCGGAAGAAAAUGGCCUUAAACAGUCUGAUAGCCUUCAUGAACCUGAUGGGCCCCAAACACAUCAGCUCUGUGAGGGUUAAGAUGAUGACAACACUGCGGACCGGCCUGAAGUACAAGGAGGAUUACCCAGAGCUCUGUUGCCAGACCUGGGAUUGCUUUGUGCGGUGCCUGGACCCACCUUACCUGGGGCCUCUUCUCAGCCAUGUCAUCGUGGCCCUCCUGCCUCUCAUUUCCAUCCAGCCCACGGAAACAGCUGCCAUCAUCCGAUAUCUCAUCCUGGAGAACAGGGAAGAAGUCAAGGACUUUCUCCAUGAAGUCUACUUCUUGCCAGAUCACCCAGAACUGAAAGAUGUUCAAGAUGUCCUCCAGGAUUACAGAGAGCAAUCGUCCAAGAGCACGGACCUGCAGGCGUCACUCCUCUUGUCCAUGCGAGCUAUACAGCAUGAGAAUGUGUCUGUGCGCACCCAUGCCCUCACCAGCCUUAAACAGAUGCUCUUCAACAACCAAGAUUGUCUGCUGAAAUAUGUGUUGGACAGUGAGAUGGUGGAGCCAGUCAUCUCCCAGUUGGUGACCGUGUUGUUAAAAGGCUGCCAGGAUAUGAACCCAGAGGCUCGCCUGCUCUGCGGAGAGUGUCUUGGGGAGCUAGGAGCUAUUGAUCCUGGUCGGCUGGACCUGUCAACAACAGACAUCCAGGGCAAGGGCUCCACUUUUGUGAGUGGAGUGGACGAUCAAAACUUUGCCUACGAGCUUCUCAUUGAACUGACCAGAACUUUCCUAGCCUAUGCAGAUGAUGUCCAGGCUCAGGAUGCUGCAGCCUAUGCCAUGCAGGAGCUUCUAGCUAUAUUUGAGUGUCGGGAAGGCCGAAGUGACACCUCAGGUCGAAGAUUAUGGAGACGAUUUCCAGAGCAGGUUCAGGAGAUCCUCGAACCGCAUCUUAAUAGCAGAUACAAAAGUUCUCAGAAGGAUGUUAACUGGUCCAAGCUGAAGAUGCCCAUAUACCUCAGCAGCCGUGGGAACAAUUUUUCGGAUUGGUCUGCAACAUGGGCCAGCUAUCUUAUCAGUAAAGUGAGGCAUGAGUUGGCCAGCAAAGUCUUUAACUGCUGCAGAUUCAUCAUAAAGCAUGAUUAUAAGGUGACCAUCUACCUCCUCCCCCACAUCCUGGUGUAUGUGCUACUGGGGUGUACUAAGGAGGACAAGCAGGAGGUAACAGAGGAGAUCAUGGCAGUCCUUAAAGAGGACGACCAGCGUUCAAGUCGGCUGCAGGAGACCACAUCCAGCCUGAGCCAGCUUAGUAUUCAGACUGUCUUCUCCAUGCUGGACCACCUGACCCUGUGGGGCAGACAUGUGCUGCAGAGCUUGAGGAGAAACAAGCCUCCUGUCCAACCCAACCGCCCCGAAAGCAUUGACUAUCAGAAAGUGUCGCACUUCCUCAAUGACAUUCCACAGGACCUUUUGGCUAAAGCGUCCUUCCGAUCCAAAGCAUAUACACGUGCAGUUAUGCACUUUGAGUCCUUCAUUGUGCAAAACAAACAAAACAUCCAGGACCAUCUUACAUUUCUGCAGACCCUCUAUGCAGCCAUGCAUGAGCCAGAUGGGGUGCGAGGUGUCAACGCUCUGCGGAGGGACGAGCCCUCUUUACGAGAGCAGAUCCUUGAACAUGAGAGUAUUGGCUUGCUCCGUGAGUCCACUGCUUGCUAUGACCGAGCCAUUCAACUGGAAUCAGACCAGAUUAGCCAUUAUCAUGGAGUCAUGAAUUCCUUGCUGGGUCUGGGCCAGCUCUCAUCUGUUAUCACACAAGUUAACGGAGUACUGGCAAGCAGGCCUCAGUGGAAAUCUGAUUUGAACACAUAUCGAGUCGAGGCUGCAUGGAAGCUCUCCAAGUGGGAUCUUGUGGAAGAUUAUUUGGCCUCAGAUCAAAAGUCCAGCACCUGGGCAGUGAGACUUGGACAGAUGCUUGUGGCUGCUAAGAAACGCAAUUCAGAGCUGUUUCAUGAGAAAUUAAAAAUAGCAAGGAAAGACCAGGUUGUCCCAUUGUCGGCUGCCAGCUUUGAGUGUGGGACUUAUCAGAGAGGAUAUGAAUACAUUGUGAGACUGCACAUGCUGUGUGAGCUGGAGCACUCCUUCAGGACUCUGGUGCCGCAGUGGCAGCCGGCGCCUGGAGAAGCAGCAGGAGGAGGAGGAGGAGCAGGAGGAGGAGCAGGAGGAAGAGGAGGAGGAGGAGCAGGAGGAGGAGGAAGCGGACGCAGAGAGGAGCACACAUCCAUGCCGAACUGGGACGCCCGGCUGCUGAUGACCCAAAACUCUUUCAGAGCGAAAGAGCCUAUCCUGGCACUCCGACGGGCCCUUCUUCAUCUCAGUCAGGAGUCCAGCAGUGAGGAGCAGGUGGGUGAGUGCUGGCUGAAGAGCACAAGAGUGGCACGCAGAGCUGGCAACCACCAGACCGCCUUCAAUGCCCUGCUCAACGCAGAGAACUCCCACCUGUCCGAGCUGUUUGUCGAGAAGGCCAAGUGGUUAUGGUCCAAGGGUGACGUGCAUGAGGCUCUCAUCGUCCUGCAGAAGGGAGUGCAGCAGUGCUUCCCCGAUGACAACCCUGUCACUGACAACAAGCUGGUCCAGAUCAAGGGCAAGGCUAUGCUGCUGAUGGCCCGACUCAUGGAGGAGACGGCCAACUUCGAGAGCAAUGCCAUCAUGAAAACAUAUCGGGAUGUGACCACCUUGUUGCCUGAAUGGGAGGAUGGUAACUUUUACUUGGCCAAAUAUUAUGACAAAGUGAUGCAAACGGUGACGGACAACAAGCUGGAGAAACAGGGGAACCUGAUUCACUACAUCAUCAAGUACUUUGGAAAAGCCUUGCAGUUUGGGAAUCAGUACAUCUACCAGGCCAUGCCACGAAUGCUGUCUCUUUGGCUAGACUUUGGUGCCAAAGUUUAUGAGGUUGAAAAAGGCGGUCGCUCUGAACAUGUCCAGAUGCGUGCUGAGCUGACUAAGAUCAACGCCACCAUGGGGGAACACAAGAACAACCUCUCUCCCUAUCAGUUCCUCACAGCCUUCUCCCAGCUCAUCUCCCGCAUAUGCCACUCCAGCAACGAUGUGUUUGCCGUGCUGCAGGAAAUUGUAGCCAAAGUUUUCCUGGCCUACCCACAACAAGCCAUGUGGAUGAUGACGGCUGUGUCCAAGUCAUCCUAUCCCACUCGAAUGAACAGGUGUAAAGAAAUCUUAAGAAAGGCCGCCCAUCUCAGCAGAUCGCUGGAGAAAUUUAUAGCAGAUGCCACCAAGUUGACUGACCGACUUCUGGAGCUCAGCAACAAGCCGGUGGAUGGGAACUGUGCCAACCUCAGCAUGAGUGUGCAUUUCAAGAGUCUCAAGCUGUUGGUGAAGGAUCCCACCUUCAGCCAGAUCCUCAUCCCUCUUCAGGCGGUCCUCAUCCCCACGCUGCCCUCCACAGGCGGCGCCAACCCCACCCACGACGCCUUCCCUGGGCACUGGGCCUACCUGGCAGGGUUCGAUGAUGCGGUGGAGAUACUGGCCUCACUGCAGAAGCCUAAAAAGAUCUGUCUAAACGGUUCAGAUGGAAAAUCUUACACCAUGAUGUGCAAACCAAAGGAUGAUCUGAGAAAAGAUUGUAGGCUGAUGGAGUUCAACUGUCUUAUAAACAAGUGUUUGCGGAAAGAUGCUGAGUCCAGGAGGCGGGAUCUACACAUGCGAACGUACGCUGUCAUCCCAUUAAGUGAGGAAUGUGGUCUCAUCGAGUGGGUCAACAACACAGCAGGUCUGCGACACAUCCUCAUGGAACUCUACAAAGAAAGAGGUCUGUACAUGACUGGAAAGCAGAUUAGGAAGUAUAUGCUGCCCAAGACGGCGUCCCACCAGGAAAAGCACAAGUUGUUCAAAGAGGUGUUGUGUGCUUCCCAUCCUCCUGUCUUCCAUGAGUGGUUCCUGAGGACAUUUCCUGAUCCCACCUCCUGGUACAAUAGCAGAUCCGCUUACAGCCGCUCUAUCGCUGUUAUGUCUAUGGUGGGCUACAUCCUGGGGCUAGGAGAUCGUCAUGGAGAAAACAUCCUGUUUGACUCUCUGACUGGUGAAUGUGUCCAUGUCGAUUUCAACUGCCUCUUCAACAAGGGAGAAAGCUUUGACGUUCCAGAGGUCGUCCCAUUCCGGCUCACUCAGAACAUGGUGCACGCCAUGGGGCCCAUGGGUGUGGAGGGGCUCUUCAGACAAGCUUGUGAAGUCACCCUUCGCCUGAUGAGGGAUCAACACGAACCACUCAUGAGCGUCCUAAAGACAUUCCUUCAUGAUCCGCUGGUGGAGUGGAGUAAGCCGAAGGGACCCUCCAAGACCCAGGUCAAUGAGUCUGGAGAGAUACUCAAUGAGAAGGCCAAGACCCAUGUGCUGGACAUCGAGCAGAGGCUCCAGGGCGUGAUCAAGAACAGGAACAAAGUGAUGGGUCUACCCUUGUCCAUUGAAGGACAUGUCCACUACCUCAUCCAAGAAGCCACAGAUGAUAAUCGCCUGUGUCAGAUGUAUCUCGGCUGGGGACCUUACCUCUGACCAACUCAACCUCAAAACCAGAGUGAAUUCAUUGAAGAUAGAAGACAUUCCUUUACGCACUUCUGUAUUAUAAAUGUUUCAUGUUUAAAGACUUUACAAAAUAUGUGUGAUUGUUAUUUGUUAUCCAUUAAAAGAGAUCUGACAGUGAAUAAAACUGGGUAUCCUUACCUUAGGAGUUUGUGAGUUUUCUACAAGAUGGUUAUCUCUUUGAUAAUGU